CAUUCGUCACUAAUUGGGUUGUCCCAAAAGGAAGCCCACCUACUUCUAUUGACCCGGCCCAUAUUAAGCAAAACAUAUCUCUUCUUCUUCUUCACUCAUACUGUCGGAAGUGGUACGGUUUGCUGUGGCUGGCGGCGCUGUUAAUUGUCGACGGGGAAAAAGUUAAUUGGAGAUCUCAUAUAGAUGGAAACCAAGACAGAUGGAAGUGAUGGAUCCUUGGUUUUAAUCAAGCAAGGAGCUGAGGCUAGGGUAUUUGAGUCGACAUUUGUGGGUAGCAGGAGGUGUAUCAUCAAGGAACGGUUUUCAAAGAAAUACAGGCAUCCGACUUUGGACUCAAAGCUCACCCUUAAACGGUUGAAUGCGGAGGCCAGGUGCAUGACAAAAGCUAGACGGCUUGGUGUUCUUACUCCAGUGCUUUAUGCUGUUGACCCUGUUAUGCAUUCUCUCACCUUUGAAUAUAUUGAAGGUCCUUCUGUGAAAGAUAUAUUGCUUGGCUUUGGACUAGUUGGUGUUGACAAAGAACGGAUGGCUGAUAUUGCAACACAGAUUGGUAAUGCUAUCGGAAAACUACACGAUGGUGGCCUAGUCCAUGGUGAUUUGACAACAUCAAACAUGUUAGUAAGGAAUGCUUCCAAUCAGCUGGUGUUGAUUGACUUUGGUCUAAGCUUUACUUCAACGCUUCCAGAAGAUAAAGCAGUUGAUUUGUAUGUACUAGAACGUGCUUUACUCUCUAUGCACUCUUCUUGUGGAAAUGUGAUGGACCAGAUACUUGCUGCAUAUAGGAAGUCCUCUAAGCAGUGGUCAUCAACUUUGAACAAGCUAGCCGAAGUGAGGCUAAGAGGAAGAAAGCGCACAAUGGUUGGUUGACUCCACGUUGAGUGAAAAGAUCAGAUGCCAUGGAGCAGGAGAAACCGAAUGACUUGCUCAUUGCAAGGAUCAAUCUGUAUUUAUUGUACUCUUGAUUAUUAUCAGUGUGACUGAGGGUACAUGUUUGAAUUUAUGUGUCUACAACUCUCUGUAUUCUUAUUCAACUAUAUAACCAUCAGUCGAACCUACGAUACAUGCUGACAAAUACAGUUAUAAAGUUUUAUUUCACCAA